UCCUUUUCCCGCCCCCCUCGCCCCCCGCGGAGUGCGCACGCGUCCGCCCCCUGCUUCGCGCCCAGAUCACCGCCUAGCCUGCUUGCGCAGCAACUCUUAUCAUCUGCCCACCGACGAAGCAUGGGUGUCCAGGGCUUCCAAGAGUUCCUGGAGAAGCGCUGUCCCGGCGCCGUGGUGCCUGUGGACCUGCUUAAACUCGCGCGCACGGUCUCGCGCCAGCAGCAGCAGCAGCAACAGCACCACCACCACCACCAUCACCUUUAUGGCGGCUACCAGACGGAUUGGGUGUGUGGCGGCCAAUGGAAUGCCAUGCUGGGCUACUUGUCAGCGUUGUGCCAGGCUUGUGCCUAUCCCGGUGGCGAUGGCCUGGAGCUUGUGGUCAUGUUCCCCGGUGGCCUGGGCAAGGACCGGCUGGCCGAGUGGGGCCGUCGGUGCCAGGCUGAGCGACAGACAGCGCAACUGAUCGUGGGACACGUGGGCAACAAGGGCACCCCUCCACCACGGGCCUGGUUCCUGCCACCGGCCUGCCUGAGCCACUGCGUGAGGCUAGCACUCAUCCGCUUCCGGGUCAAGGUUUUUCAGAGCCUUGAAGACCACCAUUUGGAAGUGGUAGCUUUUUUCAGGGAAAAUGGUUUCCAUGGUCUUCUUGCCCAUGACUCUGAGUAUGCACUCUACAAUAUUCCCUCUUACUACAGUUCCCAUGCUCUGAAGCUGAGCUGGAAUGGGAAAAACCUCACUACCAACCAGUUCCUGAUGCAGGAGGUGGCCAAGCAGCUGGGUCUGAAGCGGAUGAAUUUUCCCAUAUUUGCUGCACUGCUAGGUAACCACAUUCUCCCAGAUGAGGACCUGGCUGCUUUUCAUUGGAUUUUCUUGGGACCAGAACAUCCUCUUGCAUCACUUAAGGUCCGAGCUCAUCAGCUGGUUCUUCCUCCUUGUGAUGUGGUGAUCAAGGCUGUUUCUGAGUAUGUUAGUUCUAUCAAAGACCCCUCAAACUUGGAUGUAGUUGGGAAGGAUGUUUUCAAACAGUCUCAGUCCAGGACAGAAGAUAAAAUAGAGAGAUUCAAGAAAGCAGUUGAAUAAUAUUCAGUCACAACCAAACUGUCUUCACUGCCAGUGGGUCCUUCCUUUCUAGGUUUUCGGAAUAAUCGGCUUGGAGCUCCUCCCCCUCCACAAAAUCAAAUGAGUACCAUUUCUGCUGGAAAGCCAAUGUUUUCUCACCAAGUGCCCCAGAAAAUGAAAUACCCACCACCAUUCUCAAUGGGACCCAACUCAGCUCUUCUCUUCUCCCCUCAUGCUCUGGGGGAAUCCCAUGCUUUUUCUGAGGAUCCCAUGUUGCAGGACAGCCCCUUUGCCAAUUGGGCUGUGUCUUAUGACUCCUCUGCAUCCCAGUUUCCCAAUUACCUGACUUCUAAAGCCUCAACUCCUUUGGGACAAAACUCUUCCCACUCUUCUUCCUCUGAUGGUGAUGAGCCAAAUGGAGCCAACUCUGAUCACAUCACAGAAACACGUCAACAACAGCCUGGAUGGGAAGAAUCCAAUACUGAUAGAAGGUCCUGGGUACAGCCUGUUGAUGCUGAAGUUUCUGUAGGCAGCCUAGGUGAUGAUGAGCCCCACAUCCCAUCUCUGCUGUCCAUGUCUACGAGGAACCACAUAGACAUCACCAUUCCACCCCUACCUCCAGUAGCUCCAGAAGUCUUGAGGGUUGCUGAACACAGACACCGGAGGGGGCUUAUGUAUCCAUAUAUCUACCACAUUCUAACAAAGGGUGAGAUUAAGAUCCCUGUAUGUAUUGAGGAUGAGAGUAACAUGGAGCUGCCUCCAGCUGUUCUCUUGUUCCGGUCAGCUCGUCAAUACGUAUAUGGAGUCCUUUUUAGUCUGGCAGAGACACAACGGAAAAUGGAACGCUUGGCCAUAAGGCGGCGGCUUCCUGUAGAAGUUCCUUCAGUGAUCCUCAAAGAGUGGUCUGCAUAUAAAGGAAAGUCACCUCAGACUCCUGAGCUAGUGUCUGCACUGACAUUUCGGGAAUGGACAUGCCCAAACCUCAAGAAGCUCUGGCUAGGCAAAGCAGUUGAGGACAAGAACAGAAGGAUGCGUGCCUUCUUGGCCUGUAUGAAAUCAGACACACCCAGUAUGCUCAAUACAGCUAAUGUCCCCACCCAUCUGCUGCUCAUGUGCUGUGUACUCCGGUACAUGGUUCAGUGGCCUGGUGGCCGAAUCCUGCAUCGCCAUGAACUAGACACCUUCCUUGCACAGGCAGUAUCUACCCAGCUUUAUGAACCAGAUCAGCUGCAAGAACUGAAGAUUGAGAAACUGGAUGCCCGAGGGAUUCAGCUUGCUGCUCUCUUUAUGAGUGGGGUCGACACUGCUCUGUUUGCUAAUGAUGCCUGUGGCCAGCCAGUCCCUUGGGAGCACUGCUGCCCCUGGAUUUACUUCGAUGGCAAGCUGUUCCAGAGCAAGCUAAUUAAAGCAGGCCGAGAGCGAGCAUCCCUGGUAGAGCUCUGUGAUGGCCAGGCUGACCUAGCAACCAAAGUUGAAAAGAUGAGACAGAGUAUUCUUGAAGGAGUCAACAUGAAUCACCUACCACCUUCUGCUCUACUUCCAUCACCUACUUUUGUGCCUCCUAUGGUGCCUUCUCUCCAACCUGUUUCACUUUAUUCCCGAACCAUGGGCUCAUUGCCACCUCCCCCUCAAGGAAGGAGCCGGGGGUUUGCAGGUCUCCAUCCAAUCCCACCUCAAGGAGGUAAACUGGAGAUUGCUGGGAUGGUCGUGGGCCAGUGGGCUGGCAGCAGAUCAUCCAGGGGCCGAGGAUCCUUUGGCAUGCAAGUGGUUUCUGUCGGUGGGCCAGGAAAGGGGCAUGGAAAAGAACAGACUGGUAGAGGAUCCAAAGGACACAAAAAAGGAAAUAAACAAGGCUCUUCAGAUGGAGUUUCUAAAUCCCUGGAGUUUCAUCAAGGUCGGUCUCAUUCCCAGAUAAAUGGGAACAGUGGCACAUUGAUUAAGGAAGAGAAGAGUGACCAUCAUCUUCUACCUCCUUCACAGUGUGCCUUAUCCAGAGACAACAACAUGUGUAAUGAUGGUAACCGCUACCUCCCUGGGAAGAACGGGGAGAAGAACCACUUACAAGAACAAGAGCUAGAAAUUGUGACUCAACGGAAAGAGGAGUGACAAGCUGAAAAUGGCUUCACCAAAUCAGGAAGAGGGGAAAACAUAUACUUUUUGGAUUCUAGGCCUAAGUUAGAGGAGGAUAUAAAUAUUUACCCUAGAUUUUAACAGAAUUUUGAUGGGAUGUCCUAUUGUAUCUAUCUUUUCCCUUCCCUAUCUUUUUCUGGGCCUCUAGACUUAAUGGUCUGCUUCUAGGGAGGUUCCAGUAAAAGAUGAAUGGCAGGAAGACCAGCUCCCAUUCUCAAAUUGAUUGUUUAGCACCAAUAAUCUCUUUUCUCCCCUGGGAGCCUGGUAAGGCAGUAAUUGUCAUCACAUAAGGUCCUAUAGAAAAGUUCUAGCUUUAGUUUUCUGAGUAUUUAUCCUGAUAUUAAUUUACAGAAUUAGGUAAUACACCUAUGGGGUUAUGAGGACAGCUGUCUAUGGCUUCCUGAAUUUUUUUUUUCUGCAAAGUGGUGGGGCCUUGAUAUAUAAUCGCAAUCCACCUCCACCUCACUCUUUCUCCCAAAUCAUGUACCCCAGGAUUUAGUACUACCACUUCUAGCUCUGGCCUGACAAUCAGAUUAGUAGAUGUUUUCAGAGAAAUGAGGUAGUAUUGGUUAUUUUAUUUUAUUUUUAUUUUAUAUAUUAAAAAAUAAUAGCUACCAAUGUCCUUUGUACUGGGGGAUUCAAAUGAGUCAGAAAAGUACUGGGCAGAUUUUUCCUGCCUCUCAACCAGUGCAUUGUCUGUAAAAUAGAAGAUAUGGUGCAGUUUACCCCCUCCCUGCUGCCCACACCCUGAAAGGGUGAGAAUCAACGAAAUGAAAUUGAGUAUGAAAGGGACUCAGAAGAUUCUGUGUGUGUGUGUGUGUGUGUGUGUGUGUGUGUAUACAUAUGUGUAUGUAUGUAUGAGUGUAUAUAUGAAUGUGUGUAUCUAUAUACAUUCACAUACCCUUUAUAUAAAGAGACAGAUCUGUUUAUCUAUACAAAUUU